UCAGCGCGGUGCGUCACUCGGCGGAACGGCUGCAGGGCUCCGCCAAGUAACGGCACCGCGGGGCGGGCUCUUCCUGCGGCACCGCAGUUGUUUCUGAGCGGUUCUUGCACGACUCGCUGUUGCUGACUGAGGGCGCGGGGACUUGUUUUUCGUGGCUGAGCAAGCCUUCUCUGCAUUGCUGAGAUACUGGAUACUGGUUUCUUUAUAACAAGGAAAGUCUAAAUUCCUGUAACACUGAGGAUGGGGAAGGAUUAUUAUUCUAUUCUGGGAAUUGAAAAAGGGGCUUCUGAAGAGGAUAUCAAAAAGGCUUACAGAAAACAAGCACUUAAAUGGCAUCCGGAUAAGAACAAGUCUGCUCAUGCAGAGGAAAAAUUCAAGGAGAUUGCAGAAGCUUAUGAAGUGCUGAGUGAUCCCAAAAAGAGAGACAUUUAUGAUCAGUUUGGGGAAGAAGGUCUGAAAGGAGGAGCUGGAGGACCCGAUGGACAGGGUGGUACCUUCCGGUAUUCCUUCCAUGGUGACCCACAUGCUACGUUUGCAGCUUUCUUUGGUGGCACAAAUCCUUUUGAGAUCUUCUUUGGAAGGAGAAUGCCUGGUGGUAGAGACACUGAAGACAUGGAGGUGGAUGGUGAUCCAUUUGGAUCAUUCACUAGUUUCAGUAUGAAUGGUUUUCCAAGAGAAAGGAAUACAGUAGGUAGCCAGUUACGUCGUAAACAAGAUCCCCCUGUAAUUCAUGAGCUUAAGGUGUCAUUGGAAGAGAUAUAUCAUGGCUGCACAAAAAGGAUGAGGAUUUCACGUAAAAGGCUGAACCCAGAUGGUAGAAGUGUCCGAACAGAAGACAAAAUUCUCACUAUUGAAAUAAAAAGAGGAUGGAAAGAAGGCACCAAAAUCACUUUUCCAAAAGAAGGUGAUGAAACACCCAACACAAUUCCAGCUGACAUUGUUUUUAUCAUAAAAGAUAAACCUCACUCUCAUUUCAAGAGAGAUGGAUCAAAUAUUGUCUAUCCUGUUAAGAUCAGCUUAAGGGAGGCAUUGUGUGGCAGCUCUAUCAAUGUGCCAACAAUAGAAGGAAGAACCAUACCCAUGACAGUAAAUGAAGUUGUAAAGCCUGGGAUGAGAAGAAGAAUUAUAGGAUAUGGUUUGCCAUUUCCCAAAAAUCCUGACCAACGUGGAGACUUAAUUAUAGAGUUUGAAGUAAUUUUCCCAGAUAACAUUUCUCCAGCAUCAAAAGAAGUACUUAGGCGAAAUCUUCCAGUUUCGUAAAAUGAGGACUAUGUCAACUGUUUAAGCAGGACACUGGAAAUGCAGAAGACUGGCAAGUCUGUGCUUUAAAAGUGCAAUGUGUAACAACUAGUGGAAUAUCUGUUUGUUUUCUUUUUUGUUUGUUUGUGGGUUGGGUGGGGGGAAAUAUCGUAAUGCUGCAUGAGAAGAAAAGAGUUAAGUACAAGUCAUACGGAUGACUUCUGCAGUAUAAUUUACAGGGAAAACCACUCAUAUUUUAUAUUAGAUCUUCCUAAUCAGAAAAGCUUAUUCAGUAUUUUGCUUAAUAUAAAGCGUAGUCAGUUUUAACAAAGCCAAUGCAUAUUUCUGAUAAAGUACUCAAGCCACCAAGUACUUUUAUUCCUUAUAUCCCUACUCUAUCUAACAUAAACAGUUUAUACAGAAAUUGGAUGUGGUAGAAGUAUACACAUGCGAACACUUUAAAUUACAAAACAGUAAGGAUGCUACUUGGUAUGUUGCUUUCCACUGCACAAAGCAUAGUCUGGGAAAAUCAGCUUGAACUCCUAAAUUGCCCCCCAUUGAAAUCAAAGUAUUUUCUUUAUUUCAUCAGAAUGUGAGGGGUCUGCAUUAGAAGUCUAGGAAAGAGCAUGUAUCUUGAGGAGAAAGUAGCUGUUUGUUGAGUGGUUCCUCAUGCUUCAGGCAGAACAGCAAGAAAGGAUUGUACAAGUACAUAUACAGCAAGUGUGGGCCUGCUGUCAAAUGAGACAGGGAAAUUGGGUGACAAAUAACGUAGAGAAGUCUGAGAUACUCAGUGCCUUCUUUGCCUCAAUCUUUACCGAUAACACAGUCAUGACCAGGAGUCAGCCCGCUGAAACCAGAAGGGAGUCCUGAAACAAGGAAGAGGUAACCUCAGUGGUGGUGAACCAACAUAGAGAUGCAUUAAACUAAAUAUACAGAAAUCCAUGACACCUGACAGGUUGCAUGCAGAAGUGCUGAAGAAUCUAGCUAAUGCCUUUACAGGCCUCUCAAUUAUCUUUUAAUUUGAGAAAGGUUUCUGUAGACUGGUAAGAAGCAAAUAUCGCUCCUAUCUUCAAGAAAAGCUAGAGAGAAGAAAUGAGGAAUUACCAGCAAGUCACCCUUAAUGCAGUCCCUGGGAAGGUGAGAAGGAAUAUCCUCCCAGAAAGCAUUUUCAAACAUGUGGAAGACAGUAAUGCAAUUUAAGGUCAGCAUAGAUUUACAGAGGGGGAAUCAUAGUUGACCAACUUGAUUUCAUUCUACAGUGUGGCGAUUAGCUUGGUGGAUAAUGGAAAAAUAGUCUGAGUUCUUUACCUUGACUUUAGUAGGCAAAUUGACAAAGUACAGAUAGAUAAGUGGACAAUGAGAUGAAUUAAAAAUGACUGAAUGAGUGGCCACAGGGGUUUUGUUAUCAGUGUCACAAAGUUCACUUGGAGGUAAGUCACUAGUGGUGUAUGCAAAUGCUCGAUACCGUGGCCAGUAAUAUUCAACAUCUUUGUUAAAGACCUGUAUGAUGGAAUGGAAUGCACACUCAGCAAGUUUGCAUGUCACACAGAACUGUGAGGAGUGGCUGAUAACACCAUGUUGAUUGUGCUGGCCUUAAGAGGGGCUUUGGUGGUCCAAAAAAACCAUACAGAGGAAAAAACAUACAGUUCAGUGAGUAAAAAUUUUGCUCCCUGAAGUAUUACUGAGGUAUCAGUACAGUCUUGGGGCUUGCUGUCUGGAAAGCAAUUUUGCUGAGAAAGGGCUUUGAGUUUCUGGCAGACAACAAACUGACCAUGAACUAGCAAUGUCCUUGCAGCAAAACAGGCUAAUGGUAUCCUGGGUUGCACUGGGAAGCCUUGUGAGUAGAUUGAGGGAGGUAAUCCUUCUCUACUCCUCACUAGUGAGGCUGCAUCUGUCAUACUGUGUCCUGUUGUAUGCUCCCCAGUAGAAGGAAGACAGUGGCUUGAUGGAACAAGUCUAUGAGAGAUUGAGAGAACUAGAACUCUUCAGUCUGGAACACAGAAAGCUCAGAGGGUUCUUAUAAAUGUGUACAAGCAUUUGGAAGGA